AUGGCUUUCGUGAGUGCUGUGACUGGUGAUGACUCCACGAAGAAAUUCCUGGACGUUUUACAAAAUGACUUCAAAACACUUAGUUUGGAAACUAAAAAGAAAUAUCCUCAGAUAAGAGAGGCCUGUGAUGAGGCUAUAGAGAAGUUGUCGCUUGCUUCAAAUAAUCCACAAGCAUCAUUGUAUGGGGUUGUAAACCAAAUAUUGUAUCCCUUAGUACAAGGAUGCGAAUCAAAAGAUAUUAAAAUAAUCAAGUUUUGUUUGGGCACCAUACAGCGGCUUAUAGCCCAGCAAGGAAUAGAUGCCAAAGGAGCUCGACAUGUAGUUGACUGUCUGUACAACUUAGGCCAAGCUGGUGUAUUAGAGCUAAAACUUCUUCAAACUGCUGCUCUGUUGAUGACCACAUCUGAUCUGGUACAUGGCGACACAUUGGCUAGGACAAUGGUGAUGUGCAUGCGAACGGUGUCAGCGAGCGAGACACGUGAUGUCAGUACGAGUCAUGCGGCAGCUGCUACUGUGCGGCAACUUGUCGCACUCGUUUUCGAACGCGCGCUUGCUGAAGCAGACGGAAAAUUAAAAGUGAAUCCAGCCGAUGUAAGACUUCAAACGAACAACAAAGCCCCCAAAGAAUUGAAACCGUGUGCAACUGACGCAUACCUGAUAUUGCAAGACAUAAUUCAACUAAUAAAUGGCGACGCCGCUCACUGGUUGGUUGGCAUAUCUGAAGUGCCAAAAACAUUUGGCUUGGAGCUCCUUGACACUGUUCUGACGGAUUUCUCAGCUGUGUUUUUCAAAAUUCAAGAAUUUAGAUUUUUGCUGAAAGAGCAUGUCUGUGCUCUGAUAAUAAGGCUUUUUUCCCCAAAUGUGAAGUACAGGGCCGCAUUCACGUCACUGCACAUCCCUGGCGCGGCGGGCGGUGCGGGUGGCGGGGCGGGGGGCGGGGGCGGCGCGGGCAGCCAGGCGCCCGAGCGGCCGCACUUCCCCGUCACCAUGCGCUUGCUGCGGCUCGUCUCCGUCAUAGUGCACAAAUACCAUGAAGUGCUGGUUACCGAGUGUGAAAUCUUCCUGUCAUUGACCAUCAAGUUCCUAGACCCGGACAAACCUCUUUGGCAACGUGCUCUGGCUUUGGAAGUACUCCACAAGAUGACUAUACAGCCUCAUUUGCUUAAGGCGUUCUGCGAGUGUUACGAUAUGAAGCCGCACGCCACAAACAUAUUCCAAGACAUAGUAAACGCAUUGGGAGCGUACGUACAAAGUCUCUUCGUCGCCUCGCAGGUCAAUCAACAAGUUGCAUCAUCAGGGAUACCACAGCAAGCAGGUUUUUACUGGAAGGGCGUGUGGCUCCCGCUAUGCGUCACUUUUGAGCCGGGAACAGCCAAAUCCUUGUAUAUUGAGAUGUUAGAUCGAACGGAAGCGCCAACCAUUCAAGAGGGCUACGGCAUCUCAGUAGCGUACGCCUGCAUUAUGGAGAUCAUACGCUCGAUAGCUAUCAGUGUGGAAGGCGACGAGUACUUUAGGCUUCAAGAGUUAUAUGAAGAUGUACAAAAUGAUGGGGACGAAAUUAAUUCUAACAAUACUGGAAACAACAAAGAAAUUGAAAACAAAACUGGUACCGAAGAUAUGUCGAGUAAUGGACAUAAAAUAGAACCUGAUCAGAAUUCCAAUGUGGUGGAAAAAAUUGACCCGAAUGCAGAGAAAGAGAGGCUUUUGAAACUACAGCUUAUAAAAUCGUCGUGGUGCGGACUGGUGUGGGGACUGUCGGUGUUGGCGGAGGCCAGCAUCGGUGAGCUCGAGAACAUUCUCUGUGCUGUGCAGACGCUGGCCAGGGUCAGCGGGAAGACGGGCGUGGCGAGCGCGCGCGACGCGUGCGUGGGCGCGCUGUGCCGCUGCGCGCUGCCGGCGCAGUACUGCGUGCCGGCGCUGGGCGCGCUGGGCGCGCUGGCCUGCCCCUGGGCGCCGCCGCGCGCGCCCUCCGCGCCCGCGCCCGCGCCCGCGCCCGACCUGCGCCACCACGUCGUCUGGGUCGGCACGCCGCUGCCCUGCGCCCAGGUGCCCACCGGGCAACAGCAAUCGUUCGUGAUGGUGACGUCACGUCACGUGACAGCUAUGAAAGCCCUGCUUAACGCUGCACGAAGAGAUGGCGACACUAUCCAACAAGCCUGGUUACCAGUCCUCACUACACUUCAACAUCUGGUGUGGAUCCUGGGGCUAAAGCCGUCGACAGGCGGCAGCAUGAAGGCGAGCCGUGCCAGCGCGGACGCCAACGCGGUUAUGAGCACCUCCGCCGUCAUGGCCGACCUGCCCGCGUUAUCUGCAAUGUUGUCAAGAGUGUUCGAAUCGUCCAAGAACCUAGACGACGUGGCACUCCACCAUUUAAUUGACGCGCUUUGUAAACUGUCUAAUGAAGCAAUGGAACUAGCAUAUUCUAACAGGGAACCGUCAUUGUUUGCUGUAGCGAAACUACUGGAGACAGGUUUAGCCAAUAUGCACAGAAUUGAAGUUAUGUGGAGGCCUAUCACUAACCAUCUCUUAGAAGUGUGUCAACAUCCGCACAUACGCAUGCGAGAGUGGGGUGUGGAAGCAAUAACAUAUCUCGUCCAAGCGGCCUUCCAGUACCAUCAUAACAAUCCGGCACUAGUUACGGAGGCGCGGCAGCGGCUGCUGCUGGAGCCGCUGGCGGAGCUGUGCGGCGUGCGCCACUGCGACGUGCGCGCGCGCCAGCUGGAGUGUGCCGCGCGUCUACUGCACUCGCGCGGCGAGCAGCUGGGCGCCGCCUGGCCGCUCAUGCUUGACAUCAUCUCCGCCGUCUCUGAGCGCCACAGCGAGCAGCUGGUGCGGUCCGCGUUCGCGUGCGCGCAGCUGGCGGCGGGCGACCUGCUGGGCUGCGCGGGCCCGCGCUGCCUGCGCCGCGUGCUGGCCGCCGCCGCCGCCUUCGCGCGCCAGACCAAGGACCUCAACAUCAGCCUCACCGCCGUCGGACUCAUGUGGAACAUAUCGGACUACCUUUACCACAACCGGGACAAGUUAUCCGGCGCGCUGGCGAGCGACGCGGCCGUGUGUCCCGAGGUCCCCAACCACGCCGAGCUGCCGCCGCUCGACAAACUGUGGAUGUGUCUCUACAUACGUCUCAGCUCGCUGUGCACGGAGGCACGCGCGCCGGUGCGUCGCGCGGCGAGCCAGACGCUGUUCAGCUGCGUGGGCGCGCACGGCUCGCUGCUGUCGCCGCCCGCCUGGCGCGCGCUGCUCAACGUGCUCUUCCCCAUGCUGGACGAGGUCCAAAAACAAUCGAACAUUGCGAGCUCGGAGAAAGUGGAUACCGGAGAGCACAUUCUUAUACAUCACACCAGAAAUACUGCUCAGAAGCAGUGGGCUGAGACACAGGUUCUGACACUGUCAGGCGUAUCGCGCGUCUUCCACUCGCGUUUUCAACUGCUGAUGACCGUUGGUGAUUUCAACCGCUCCUGGACGGCGCUACUUCACUACAUCACGGAUUUUGCACUACAUAAAAGUCAUGAGGUGUCUCUAGCAGCGCUGAAGUCCUUCCAGGAGGUGGUGUCAGCUGCGGGGCGCGCAGAGUGCGAGGCGAGCGUGUGGGCGGCCGCCUGGGGCGCCUGGAGCGACAUCGCGCGCGGCGUGCCCGACCCGCGCGCAGGUCAGUGCCAACUCUGCGAGAGCUCAUCGCAGGUGUCUCUAGCAGCGCUGAAGUCCUUCCAGGAGGUGGUGUCAGCUGCGGGGCGCGCAGAGUGCGAGGCGAGCGUGUGGGCGGCCGCCUGGGGCGCCUGGAGCGACAUCGCGCGCGGCGUGCCCGACCCGCGCGCAGGUCAGUGCCAACUCUGCGAGAGCUCAUCGCAGGUGUCUCUAGCAGCGCUGAAGUCCUUCCAGGAGGUGGUGUCAGCUGCGGGGCGCGCAGAGUGCGAGGCGAGCGUGUGGGCGGCCGCCUGGGGCGCCUGGAGCGACAUCGCGCGCGGCGUGCCCGACCCGCGCGCAGGUCAGUGCCAACUCUGCGAGAGCUCAUCGCAGGUGUCUCUAGCAGCGCUGAAGUCCUUCCAGGAGGUGGUGUCAGCUGCGGGGCGCGCAGAGUGCGAGGCGAGCGUGUGGGCGGCCGCCUGGGGCGCCUGGAGCGACAUCGCGCGCGGCGUGCCCGACCCGCGCGCAGGUCAGUGCCAACUCUGCGAGAGCUCAUCGCAGGUGUCUCUAGCAGCGCUGAAGUCCUUCCAGGAGGUGGUGUCAGCUGCGGGGCGCGCAGAGUGCGAGGCGAGCGUGUGGGCGGCCGCCUGGGGCGCCUGGAGCGACAUCGCGCGCGGCGUGCCCGACCCGCGCGCAGGUCAGUGCCAACUCUGCGAGAGCUCAUCGCAGGUGUCUCUAGCAGCGCUGAAGUCCUUCCAGGAGGUGGUGUCAGCUGCGGGGCGCGCAGAGUGCGAGGCGAGCGUGUGGGCGGCCGCCUGGGGCGCCUGGAGCGACAUCGCGCGCGGCGUGCCCGACCCGCGCGCAGUACAAGAUGAAGAAAAGCCCGCCGAGGUGUAUGCGCCCUCACAAAACUUUCUCACAACGCUGGUGCAAAUAUUCCCUUUGAUAUUCCAGCAUAUACGCUCCACGUUCAGCGGCGACGACGUGCGGCGGCUGGGCGCGUGCCUGUGCGCGGUGUGCAGCGCGGAGCCGGCCAGCGCGCUGGCGGCCGGCUCGCUGGCGCCCGCCGCGCCCGUCACGCUGCACGCGCUGCACUGCCUCGAUGCGCUGCACAAGGAGGCGCUGUCGCGGCACGAGCUGCUGGCGCCGCAGUUCGAGGCGCUGAUCUCGCUGGCGGCGGUGUGCGGCGAGCGCGCGGAGCACUCGGAGCGCUCGGAACGUUCGGAACGCGGUCCGGCGGCUGCAGCGCGCUGCCUGGCCGCCGCAGCCGCGCUGUACCGCGCCGCGCCCGCGCCCAGCGCCGCGCAGCUUCCUCGCCUGCUGCAGGCGUUACACUCAGCCGCUCAAAAAUAUGGAACCGGUGCGGCCGGAUCGGACAAAAGACGCCGCAACAGCGAACAAGCUGAAGAUACAACACAAAUCGCGUCACUCUUACUACAGGUACUAGCCACUGGUUUACCGUUAGCGAGAGAGAAGCCCGACGAGUACGAGGAGUUCUGGGAGAUACUGCCCACAGUAUUAGAGACAUUCAUGUUUGAACCACCGUGGUGCGUGCGAGGACGCGCGUGUUCGCUGGUGCGCGUGGUGCGCGACGAGGUGCUGCGCGGGCGGCCGCGCGCGCCCCCCGCGCACGCGCAGCGCGUGCUGGCGCUGCUGCGCGCCGCCGCGCUGCACGCGCACCCCACGCCCAACCAAAAUGAGCAAGAGCUACGCGAGAGGGAGGAGUUUGCACGGACCUGUUUCGAAACUCUGCUUCAGUUCUCAAUGUUGGAGGAUAUCGACUCUUUAACUGGGGGAGAUAGUGACUCAGACCCCUUAGCAAUAAUGCCACUGCUGGACAGGUUCCAAGAAGUGAUAUCAAGGUAUACGAGCGACGAUGACAACACCGAGCCCUUGCCCAGGCAUCAACUCUCAGAAAUAUCAUUUGUACUAAAAGCAAUAGCGAGCCUCACGGAAGCCAUGAAGAAGGCUCCGCCAGGAAAAGUAGAUGCCACUGCAUGGGAUAAGCUUAUAGGAGUGUACCCGGAUCUGGUCCGGUUGGCGGCGAGCGCCCGUGCGGCCGGCGCGAGCGCUGCGCUGCGGGAAGCGCUGCUGCAGUUCGCGGCGCUGCUCUCCGCGCCCGCGCCGCCGCUCUAG